UGUAUUUAUCAGAGUUAUUGACCUCACAAAAAGCCAGAUUUGAGUCAUUUACAUUGUGGUCCUGAAACUUGAAGAAGCAGCCUUGGCACAAAUAAAUCGGAAAAGGACCACUCAUGGUGCUGAAAGUAGACACAUUUGAGUAGGCAUAAUUCAUUUCAAACAUCAAAUCCGAGACACCCCAAUCAGUAUGAUAUGUUAGGUUUCGUAUGGUAUGUAUUAAUUUUUGGGUGUCCAUCACCAAUUUCGUAUGAUAUGUUACUAAUUAGAAUUCAUAUUGUAUGUUAUGAAUUUGAAAAGCGUACAAUAUGUUAUGAAUUUGCAGAAGGUAUGAUAGUUUACUAAUUUGCAAAACGUAUAUGUUACGAAUUUAGCUAGCUCACUAACUCACUAACGCUCACCCAUCCACCCCGACCAACCAUCCUACAAACGUAACAUAUAUACUAAAUGGGGUGUUUUGGAUUUACGUACAGAAUAAUAUGAAAUGCGUUUCAUUUCUUUGACAUUCAGAGGCUGAACUACAACCUAUUGCCAAGGGGAAGUAACCUAAUUUUGUCACUAUCAAUUGAUGAAGCUAUUCACUUUUCCAUAUGGUUCAAUAUCAUUUCUUAUUUAACAUUUAUUUAACUAGGCAAGUCAGUGAAGAACAAAUUCUUAUUUACAAUGACGACAUACCCCGGCCUAACCCGGACAACGCUGGGCCACUUGUGUGCCGCCAUAUGGGACUCCCAAUCACGGCCAGUUGUGAUACAGCCUGGAAUCAAACCAGGGUCUGUAGUGACGCCUCUAGCACUGAGUUGCAGUGCCUUAGACCGCUGUGCCACUCGGGAGUCCUAAACCCAAUACAAAAGACCCAUGGGUAGAGUAGACAUACCGGCACUGCUAAAACCAUGUCAUGUUUUACAGCUUUGUCAUUCUAUAUAUCAGUUUAAAUCAUCUUAUUUAAUUAUUUCAUAUUUUAAAUGUGAUAAGGCCACAGAGGACCAGAUAUCAUUACAGACACCUGUGAUAAUCUGAAGUACCCAAAAAAGGCCAGUAGAUGUCACCUUAUAAAUUCCUAAUAAACUGUGAACGUUACCACAAUUCUGGUAGUUUACUGGUAAUAUACCUUCCAUUUGCAACCCUACACAGGACAGGUGCAUUGUGUCAUGUGACCUCUCCACCACCUGGGGGUGUUACUACUAGUAUAUCUGACAUUAAAGCUUCUCAUUAUUGUUUGUCUUUAUUUGUAGAUACAGAUAGGAUUAUUUUUUUGGUCAUGAGUGAUAUGUAAAAAAACAACGUAAAUGUCUCUAUUGAAUUAUCUUAUAGCUCAAGUUCCUUGGAUUUCAUGGAAAAUCUGUAGAUGUAUUGUAAAGAAUUAUAAUAGCUGUAUCAUCAGCGGGACUAGGUUGCUUUCUGUAUGUAGGUAGUACAUGUGACUAAAAGCAGGUAUGUCACACUUAUUGUUAACAGUGGGAACUAUAUCCAUUCUCUGAUUGAGUUUCUGUAGUGCUGAGCAGAUACCACAGACUGUGUAAAGGUUCACUAGCAGUGCCGGCAUGUUUACUCGACCCCUGGGUCUUUUGUGUUGGGUGAGGCCCCACAGAGGCCUACUUAUACCAUUUAAAUAUUUACAUACACCUUUACAUGGUCCUGGGGCCCCACAUACAGUCCAGCAUGGCCGCUCUCUCAUGGAAAUGGCUGGAGUUAGGGUUAAGUUUGGGGUUGGAUGCAACCAUUUUUAUAUCAUUAUCAAAAAUAAUUUCUGGCUAACAAUGCCACCCAUCCGCCCUUGUUUUUGUGUCCUCUGGCAGCGAAGAUGACGAGCCAGAGGAAGGUCAUAAUGAAGCAGAACACAGACACAAACAGCCCUGUGGGUUCCCUGGCUUUACAUGGGUGGAUGCCACCAGGAUCCACACCAGACCCCCGGAUAUCUGUACACUCGCACACACAAACACAACAGCCUAAAAAACGAAUCAAAACAAUCCAGUCCAUACAUACUACUCAUCUGUACUCUCUACAAAGGUCUCCUGAAGCCUUCAUUGACUUGGAAUGACAUCAAGUGCAAGGCUGUGUCCCAAUAGUCUCCAGCGUAGCCUAGUGGUUAGAGUGUUGGACUAGUAACGGUAAAGGUUACAAGUUCAAAUCCCCGAGCUGUUCUGCCCCUGAACAGGCAGUUAACCCACUGUUCCUAGGCUGUCAUUGAAAAUACAAAUUUGUUCUUAACUGACUUGCCUAGUUAAAUAAAGGUAAAAUAAAAAAUGACUCUUGUCGGGGAUCACUGAUUUGUUAUGGCUGGAGAGAGAAAAGCAAUAUGGUGUGAAUUCAACUCUUUCCCCCUUCAGUCAGUCUUCUUAGUUCCAACUGAAAACCAGUUAGUAAUAAUAAUAACUGAUUGGAUGUACAGUCUAUAUAAACUCUGCUGUAUUCAUUUCAAAGAAGUGAGAACUUAUCUAAAGCAACUUCUACUGCAGAGCAUAUGCAUUUGAACCAUUUUGUGAUAACAAGAGACUGACAAAUGUCUGUAAAGUACAGAAAAGAGACAGCCGUUGUCUUUCAUUAUCACCAAUCUUCAGAUAAAAUGAUGAUCUUUCUGUGAUGUAGCACUUAGAUAAGUGGCAUCUACAUAUUAUGCAAUGAUGAGGCUAUCAUCUGGCACUAAAAUGACCAUACAUUACAUAUGUCAAAUGAACUGAUGACCAAGUUAAAGCUGCAAUCCUUAAUUGAAACAAUAACAAAGUGGGCACCCUGCCUGUGUUUUGGUAAAAAGCUGAAGGAUGGGCUUGGAGAAAUGUAACCUCUCUCAAAUUCAAAGCGAGAGCUAUGUAUGCAAUGACUGACCAUCCAUAAUAUCAAAAUUCCAGUGUUAACCCUGUUUUGAGGCUAUACAGUGUUUGUUUAUAAUUACUUUGUUUACUCACAGAGUAUAAUAAGCUUAUAUUUGAAAUAAGCUCAUUAGGCAUUUAUCAUUUAUGUUGUUGAAGAAUCAAUGCCGUUUAUUCAAUUUGUAGGUUAUAUCAUUAAGUUAUAUGUCCAAAAAUUGAUGUAGCAACUAAAGAUUGUAGCUUUAACUUUUUCAACAAUUGACAGGAAAAAUGCGAAAAAGAUCAUGCCCAUUUGAGUGGAAUAAAGUUGUAUUGUGAAAUUAGGGAUGGCGAACUGUUUGAGAGACUUUUUAAACUCUCUAAAUGGUUAAAUGAGUAAUAAAUAGAUGUAAUUGUUGCAGUAGUUUGUGAGUGGGCAGUACAUAGAUACAGUAUACAGUGCAUUGGGAAAGUAUUGAGACCCCUUGACUUUUUCCGCAUUUCGUUACGUUACAGCCUUAUUCUAAAAUUGAUUAAAUCGUUUUCCCCCCUCACCAAUCUACACAGAAAACCCCAUAAAACAGCCACAUUUAAUAAGUGUUCUGCUCUCAGCUGUGACUGAACCACUGGCAUUGCUCUUUACUCUAGAAAUAUUGGAAUGAAUUCCCUUUACAUUAACAGAGGGAGAAAAAGUCAUUUGAUUGUUUCAUGCAAUAUUUGGGUAUGCAUGCAUGAUGUAAUUCAGAGUAUACUGUGAGAAAGGAGUUUUACUUUAGAAUGGCAAAUACUUUGCAUAGACUCAUACCAAGCACUUAAAGGCAAACUUGUGGAUGAACCCUUGCCCAAGAACGCCAACGUAACCUGUAUAAUUCACUAUUGCCCCGUAGCACUCACAUCUGUAGCCAUGAAAUGCUUUGAAAGGUUGGUCAUGGCUCACAUCAACACCAUCAUCCCAGGGUAGCACUCACAUCUGUAGCCAAGAAAUGCUUUGAAAGGCUGGACAUGGCUCACAUCAACACCAUCAUCCCAGGGUAGCACUCACAUCUGUAGCCAAGAAAUGCUUUGAAAGGCUGGUCAUGGCUCACAUCAACACCAUCAUCCAAACACACUAAGACAGUUGUGAAGAGGGCACAACAAAGCCUAUUACCCCUCAGGAAAUUGAAAAGAUUUAGCAUGGGUCCUCAGAUCCUCAAAAGGUUCUACAGCUGCACCAUCGAGUGGUUGCAUCACUGCUUGGUAUGGCAACUGCUCGGCCUCUGACCGCAAGGCUCUACAGAGGGUAGUGCGCGCGGCCCAGUACAUCACUGGGGCCAAGCUUCCUGCCAUCCAGGACCUCUAUACCUGGCUGUGUCAGAGGAAGGCCCUAAAAAUUGUCAAAGACUCCAGCCACCCUGGUCAUAGACUGUUCUCUCUGCUACCGCACAGCAAGUGGUACCGGAGCACCAGGUCCAAAAGGCUUCUUAACAGCUUAACAGCCAUAAGACUCCUGAACAUCAAAGGGCUACCUUUACCUCUCUUUUACGGUGCUGCUACUCUCUGUUUAUAAUCUAUGUAUAGUCACUUUAACUCCACCUACAUGUACAUAUUAUCUCAAUUACCUCGACUAACCGGUGCCCCCGUACAUUGACUUUGUACCGGUACCCCCUGUAUAUAGCCUCACUAUUGUUAUUUUACUGCUGCUGUUUAAUUAAAAUCAAAUCAAAUGUAUUUAUAUAGCCCUUCGUACAUUAGCUGAUAUCUCAAAGUGCUGUACAGAAACCCAGCCUAAAACCCCAAACAGCAAGCAAUGCAGGUGUAGAAGCACGGUGGCUAGGAAAAAACUCCCUAGAAAGGUCAAAACCUAGGAAGAAACCUAGAGAGGAACAAGGCUAUGAGGGCUGGCCAGUCCUCUUCUGGCUGUGGCGGGUGGAGAUUAUAACAGAACAUGGCCAAGAUGUUCAAAUGUUCAUAAAUGACCAGCAUGGUCGAAUAAUAAUAAGGCAGAACAGUUGAAACUGGAGCAGCAGCACGUCCAGGUGGACUGGGGACAGCAAGGAGUCAUCAUGUCAGGUAGUCCUGGGGCAUGGUCCUAGGGCUCAGGUCCUCCGAGAGAGAGAAAGAAAGAGAGGAGAGAAUUAGAGAACGCACACGUAGAUUCACACAGGACACCGAAUAGGACAGGAGAAGUACUCCAGAUAUAACAAACUGACCCUAGCCCCCGGACACAUAAACUACUGCAGCAUAAAUACUGGAGGCUGAGACAGGAGGGGUCAGGAGACACUGUGGCCCCAUCCGAGGACACCCCCGGACAGGGCCAAACAGGAAGGAUAUAACCCCACCCACUUUGCCAAAGCACAGCCCCCACACCACUAGAGGGAUAUCUUCAACCACCAACUUACCAUCCUGAGACAAGGCUGAGUAUAGCCCACAAAGAUCUCCGCCAUGGCACAACCCAAGGGGGGCGCCAACCCAGACAGGAUGACCACAUCAGUGAAUCAACCCACUCAGGUGACGCACCCCUUCCAGGGACGGCAUGAGAGAGCCCCAGUAAGUAAGCCAGUGACUCAGCCCUUGUAAUAGGGUUAGAGGCAGAGAAUCCCAGUGGAAAGAGGGGAACCGGCCAGGCAGAGACAGCAAGGGCGGUUCGUUGCUCCAGAGCCUUCCCACUACUGGGCCAGACUACACUCAAUCAUAUGAACCACUGAAGAGAUGAGUCUUCAGUGAAGACUUAAAGGUUGAGACAGAGUUUGCGUCUCUGACAUGGGUAGGCAGACCGUUCCAUAAAAAUGGAGCUCUAUAGGAGAAAGCCCUGCCUCCAGCUGUUUGCUUAGAAAUUCUAGGGACAAUUAGGAGGCCUGCGUCUUGUGACCGUAGCGUACGUGUAGGUAUGUACGGCAGGACCAAAUCAGAGAGAUAGGUAGGAGCAAGCCCAUGUAAUGCUUUGUAGGUUAGCAGUAAAACCUUGAAAUCAGCCCUUGCUUUGACAGGAAGCCAGUGUAGGGAUCAAUAUGGUUACAGAUGAAAAUAUGAUGGAAACCCAUUUCAUUUGUAUUUUUUAUUUGGUACAUGGAAAUGUAAUCACAGAGUAUUUUUAUGUGCACUACGUCAUCACACACAGCUUUUUAUCUGCAACAAGUCCAUCUCUGGUGGGAAAAUGUGCAUAUUGUUUUUAUGCAGAGUUUCGAAUAUUCACAUGAAAAUAUGUUGCCAAUUGGAUGGAAACCUAACUAGUGCUAAAGUAAAUUGGUUGCAUUUCAAACCCAUACUACCAUGGGGCUGAGCAAAAAUGUAAAAUAUUGUAGUUUCAAAGGUAACAUCUGCCAAUUCCACAUAUUUUUCCCAUCUGGCGGUAAGAAACUAUGGCAGUUGUAAAGCUAAUUUCCUGCAAUUCUACACAUUUUGCCAUGACUUGUGCCAGGUUCAUGUUUUCUGAAUGAGUGUGACUAACAAAAUCUAUGACUGCCCCGCUGGAGGUCAAGGACCCUGGGCACAUGCCCUACUAGUAUGUGUCUGGUUGUUGAUGAUUGGGCCAACUACACGGUUUAGAUUUGAGUGACUAUCAGACUGACAUAACAAGUGGAAAACUGCUGAUGCACUACCAAAUGUCGAAAUUGCACCUUGUUUAUUCUACCUUUCUAACACUCAACAGUAAAUUGAGUACCCCCUCCAAAAGCAGAGGCGCUUCGGUCAUGAAGGCCAAACGUCAAGGUUAAAUGCACGAAUGAGAACUGGAAUUUAUCUGUGGAGAAACAGUGCCCUCUUGCGUGUAAAAUGAAUCUACACAAAGGAGGAGGUCAUGGUUGGUGACUCAGUGAAACCAUUGUGCAUUGUGCACUAGUGCAUUUUGCAUUUGCCUAAGAUCCUACAGACACACUGUUAGUUUGGUGCUGCUACUGAAUCUGCUAUUUCUGGCACAUUUCACACAAUACAUAAUUUCUCAACAGGCGCUUAUUGAGCGCCGUGCGCUCCUCACGUUACCACGCAACAACCAUCCAUGGUCAUGCAAGACUGCGCGCGUUGCGUAAUGGGAGAAUCUCGGUGAUGCUGAUUCAGAGGAGUAGAGGCGUAUAACGGGGAGGAUGGAGAAUGGUGCAACGAUAACCGACACAUAUGUCAUUAACACGACCUCGCACAAGGACUGAUGUACCUCUCAAAUGCCUCGCGAACCGAGACCCUACAACGAUGUCAGAAAAUCAGGUAAAUGGCUGAAUCAAGUUGGGAGCUGCUGUGUCUCUGUCUGGCCGGCCAAUGCAGUGCGUAGGGACGGCCGCCCAGCCCGACGAAAACAUGAACGGAGCGGGGGAGCAGGUGGACAUCCUGCCCCCAAACUGCUUGGUAAAAGACCGAUGGAAAGUGCUGAAGAAAAUUGGCGGGGGAGGUUUCGGGGAGAUCUACGAGGCGUUGGACCUGCUGACCAGGGAGAAUGUGGCUCUCAAGGUAGAGUCAGCCCAGCAGCCUAAACAGGUCCUCAAGAUGGAGGUGGCUGUCCUCAAAAAACUGCAAGGAAAAAAUCAUGUCUGUAAAUUCAUUGGAUGUGGAAGGAACGAGAAGUUUAACUAUGUGGUCAUGCAACUUCAGCAGGGGAGAAACCUAGCGGACCUGAGGAGGAGUCAACCCCGCGGCACUUUCACCAUGAGCACCACGCUACGCCUGGGCAAACAGAUCCUGGAGUCCAUAGAGGCAAUCCACUCUGUGGGCUUCCUGCACAGAGACAUCAAGCCUUCAAACUUUGCCAUGGGUCGACUCCCCUCCACCUAUAGAAAGUGCUUUAUGUUAGACUUUGGCCUGGCUCGCCAGUACACCAACACUACCGGAGAGGUCCGACCGCCCAGAACUGUAGCGGGAUUUCGGGGCACUGUUCGUUAUGCUUCAGUAAAUGCUCAUAAAAACAAAGAAAUGGGUCGCCAUGACGAUCUAUGGUCGCUAUUUUACAUGUUGGUAGAAUUUGCAGUCGGUCAGCUACCAUGGCGAAAAAUAAAAGAUAAGGAGCAAGUGGGUCAGAUUAAGGAGCGCUACGACCACAGAAUGCUGCUCAAACACAUGCCUUCUGAGUUCCAUGUGUUCCUGGAUCAUGUUUUAGGCCUUGACUACUUUACCAAACCAGAUUACCAGUUGCUGAUGUCUGUCUUUGAGAACAGUAUGAAGGAACGCAUCAUCACAGAGAACGAGUCUUUUGAUUGGGAAAAGGGAGGGACGGAUGGAGUGCCUCUGUCCACCUGCACGUCAACGCCCCCUCAACAGAACACACGACAGACCCCCGCUGUGGUCGGGGUGGUGAACGUGACUCUGAUUCCUGGGGAGCUGCCGAGGGAGAACACAGAUGACGUUCUACAAGAUGAGCACCUGAGUGACCAUGAGAAUGCUCCACCUGCAGUACCGAGCAGGCCUUGCGAGGGGACACGACCCCAGGCGGAAGGCGAGGCAUGGAACGACACCGACUUCAACCGCAACCAACUCAGGAUCAGCAUCAGCAAGGGACAGUUGGCUGCGGAGGAGGAGCCUGCUAGAGGGGUGUUUCCUGAGGCCACUGUGGGUGGAGCUCCCCCAGAAAUGACUGGUGCUCAGGUCUGCGCUCUGCGGUACCGGAGGAUCAACAGCCCAGAGUCAGACCAUCUGUCCGGCGCAGAUGGGAGACCAGAUGUCUACGAUAAACGAGGGUCUCGUAUGGACAUCCUGGGAUCCCCGUCCCGCUACGUGCACUCCUCCCAGCCAGCCCAGAUGCACUCCCUGGAGGGAGGAGGUGGGGACCGGCAGGGUGGCGGUGGGAGACCAGGCCAGGAGGUCUCCGUUGCCUCCGCGGCUGACCCCGAGGCCCACAGUAACGCCUUCAUCCGGUCUGUACCACUCGCCGAGGAGGAAGACUUUGACAGCAAGGAGUGGGUGAUCAUUGACAAGGAGACUGAGCUCCAGGACUUCCUGGGUCUCCUGGGCCCGGGUGCCGAGCCCACCACCUCGGGGCCCACCACCGAUGAGGAGCCCGAGGAGCUGAAGCCCCUGGAUGAACUGGAGGAACGGAGGAGGUUACGGGGAGCUGUAGGUGGAGAGGUGGUGGUGAGGCCUAAGAUGCGAGCAGGAGGCAUAGUGGCACUUCCAGAAGGGGAGGGGUCUAAUGGGGCUAGUCCUGGACACUCGGGUUAUCACACUCUGCCUCAUAGCCGUGGACAAAGACCACGGCCACAGUCGGAGCACUUUGGAGCUCAAGGACAGGCCCAGGAGCAGAUCAACACAUACCAGGGUGGCAGUGUGGAGGACCAGAGAGAGAGACCUGACCUUACCAUGCUGGCCCAGCAUCGCAUACAUCGGGUGGACUUCCUCUCUGCCAUGCUCACCGCCACCCUUCCACCUCUCCAAACCUCUUUUGAGGUUGGUUCCGGAACCCUUGUUGAGCAGGAUCGUGAUGGGGAUAUGAAUGGGGCCGGGGUUGGGUCCAACGGUGUCGGGAGCCCCAAAAGUAGCGAGCACAGCCAGGAGGGUGAUGAUGGAGCGCCCUCUACUCUCCUUGCAGACGAGCCUCCUCUGGACUACCCUCACCUGGUCUCUGUGGGAGUGGGGUUGGGGGGUGAUCCGGACCUGGAGCUGGAGGAAGGCUCCAAGACCCUGGUGCUCUUCUCCCCUGGAGACAUGAGGAAGUCCCUUGCCGUGGUGGGCGAUCUGCCCCCUGACGAUACCGCGAGCCACCAGGGGACCCUGGCAGCCGUCACACCCCAGUGCGAGCGAGCCCUGGGAGCUCUGGGAAGCCUGCUGGACAUAUCUGAACCAGGUACUCUGUCCUCCCAGCUGAAGUCCGAGCCCAAAUUGUCUUUGACAGCCGUCACUGCCAUCCUGGUCAAUAUGGCAUCCAAUGUGGUUGCUCCCACUAGCACCUCCCCUCCUUUCACCAAAGUGGAGCGUACAUUUCUCCACAUUGCCGAGACCACCCACCAUAAUGUGAUGAGCUCCUCGGGGACCCUGCAACCCAGGCUGCUGCUCCCUGGGCUGGUUGAGGAGCCCACAGCUGAACAGGAUGACUGCUUGGAGGGAGAGAAAGAGGAGGAUGUCUCCGAUGGAGAGAAAGAGAAAGGUAGAGAGAGCAGAUCGAAUGGGGACCUUUCAGAAAACCACGCUGAGAAGGGGACGGAGAGGGAGUCUGAAGGUGAGGUCCCAAAGACAUACAACGUACACAGGAGGGAGAGUGGAUCAGAAGGCGAUGUCUAUGAGAAAGUCGACGAAGGGGACGAAGAGAACAGGUUUGAGGAGAACAUUCCAGAGAGCGACAAGGAGGAUGAGAAAGAUCCGGAUGAGGAGAAGAGAGAUGGUAGGUCCAAGGAGGAAGUUCCAGAGAUAGAAACCCCAGGUUCCCCAGAUGGAGACAUGGCUAAGGAGGAGGAAGAAGAGGAUGUUGCAAAGAAAGAGGUUGAGGAGUUAAUCUCUCCAGAAAAAGAGAAGGAAGAAGAGACAGAACUUGGGGCGGAUGCUCCGCCAGAGAUACAGUCAAACCUCUCCUCUCCCAUUCUCUGUCCCUCCGAAGAACCUGAAGCACAGGAUGUCCUGGUCGUUUCCACAGAAACCAAGUUAUACUCUGAACAAGAGGAUACCCCUAUUGCCGUUUCCCCUGAGAAGGUGCCUGCCCAAGACGUGACAAUGGCAGAGAUGGAGAACCAGAUCCAGCUCAAACGAAACAUUGAGGCUUCUCCACAAGAAGAACCUAAGGACUCUGGUGAUCCAGAAACAUUGGCAGUGCACCAGGUAGAGAGCAAAGACGUGGCAGAGACUAGCAAACAAACCAGGCCUCGUAAACUGAGCCGAAUCCCGGUUCUCUCCCGGUCUGAGGAGGACACUGGCUCGGACCAAGACCAGUCGGCGGCGUCCCAGUCACUCAAGUCUCGUCAGAAGGCCAAGCGACCUCACCUAGCCCGGCUGGUCAUGGAAAGGACACAAGGUCGUAUGCUAAGACUGGCUUCUGUUUCCUCAGCUUCGUCUGUUGAUGAUGGCUGUAAAGCAGCAGCAGAGACUCAGUCGGAGGAAGACACCCAUGAUGAGGACGACUCUCUGCCCAGGAAGGAGAGGGGUGUUGGCUGGGAAAGGGAGAGGCGUGGCGGGCGUCAAAGAAGCAGGAUACCCCGUCCCGUCACGCCUGUUAAGCUGCAGGGUCCCUCUGUUACAGCAUCGGAUGCCAUCUCCCAAGCUGGCACCAAUGCUAGUGUCCAAAAGCCACAACUUUCAACUGUAUAUACUAGGCAUCAAUCUCACAAACCCAGGACCCCAAGCAUGAAUGUUCCACUGCACCAGAGGUCCCAGACUCUGCAAUCCCGACCUGGACCCGGGGCCGACUCCACCCUAUUCUCCACCUCCCGAACCCCCCUGCGUGGGGUCAUCUUCCGAGCCCCUCACUCUGCAUUCCCCUCCCCCCGUAGCCUCAGCACCUCCCCCCGCAGCUACUCCACCUCCCGGACCGACAGCCCCUCCCCUCAGCGCCCACGACGGGGGGCUGCAGUCACAGAGGUCCGUAGGCAGCUCAUAUCUGUGCGGGCGCAGACUGCACUUCCGCUAAAACCCAGACCGCCUCAGACCGAGGACUCCUCCGCCACUGGGAUGCCCAGAAGGCGAGGCAAAUUUUACCCAUCGUCAUCUACAUCCACACCCACUAAGGGGAAGUCAGAUGCUUCUGAGAGCAAGACAGCCACCAGAUAAUAUAGGCUAGCCCAGGGCAAUCUAUAUAUCAGUCUAUCCUCACUUCACACACCCCUUUAUCUACUGUAUGUCAGAGUAACUCCACAACCACAAAUGUGUUUGUCGCAAAUUGUGCAAAAACGCUUUGUUUUAACUCUCAGCUUAAGAAUACAAAGAGGGGUCUGCUUCAAAUUACAAUUAAGCCCAAGAACAAAACAAGUAAUAGGGAGCACUAGGCAGCAGUGUGACCCCCCAACGCCGCACAGACUAGGGAAGUGGGUGUUACUAGCCUCUUUCUGCAGCUAAGGCCUCCCUGCUCCAGUCUAGGAACAUGUUCUUUAGCAGGGUUCGAAUUACACAUUGACUCUUGAUGGCUCUGCAUGACAAUGGUGCCCAACGUCCAUGUUGUUGACAAAUGUGGGGUCCCCGUUUGUUAUGGGGGGGGUCCCCUAGCCCCUCUGUAAUUAAAUCCUGAUCCUGGAGGAAUCUAAUGGAGUCUGACUCAGUACAACAGCCCUCAAAAGCCUUAAUAAGACCUGUUCUAAGACCUGUUCUUAUCUGCUCCUCCCAUCACAAACGCUUCCAGGGACAAAACAAGAACUGUGACAGGAGAGCAGCAGCCUCAUCUGAUCUUAUUGACUAGUUUGCGUAAAGAAGUGCUUUAAAUUAGAAUGAUCAUGUGUGAUAUGAACAUAAUACAUAGCUAAAUUAUAGGAUUCACUUUAUAUAGGUCAGACCUCAGAAGUAAUUUAGGUAACACUUUAUUUGACGCUCCUUCUUAUGAAGGGUUAUCGACUGUUGUAUUGCUUCACAAGCAUUCAUAUCACCUUAAAGAUUAAGUCAAAUAAACUGUACAAUAAAGCAAUAAGGUGCCAGAGACUGUUAUAUAUCAUUAAUGUCUCUCUCAUGCCUUAUUACCUGUAUUGUAAAGUUUCACAAUGCUCAAUGACUGUAUCUAUGAGCUGCAUUCAUGUUUUAAAGCGUUAUAACACAUAAGGGGGAUCAAGUAAAGUUUUACCUUCAUGUACAUAAGAAUCCGAUCUGAAAUGGUGUUUGAUUAUAAAAAGGCAAUGUGCAGUUUACACUUGGCGUUAUUAUUUAUCUCUCACACCCAAUCAGGGACUAUCACAGCUGGUAAGUCUGCAUUUGGAGUGAAAAAGUGUGCCGUAUCAUUGAUAACCAUUAUAGAGUAUUUAUUAUACAGUCUUAUUAAGCCCUACGAAUGCAUCUAUAAAGUGCUAUGAAUGUGCUUAUUAGACAAUAUAACACUUCACGGGGAACUGCUUCAAGUGUUACUAAAUGUUACCUACAGUAGGCCUAUAUCGCCAUUUGAAAUAGCGGUAAUACUACAUUAAGUAAAGUAUUACAGAAAUAAGUGUCAUUAUUACUCUUUCUUUGUUCAUUGAGAUAGAACAGGAUUUUGGGGGGAAUCGAAAUGAAUGCGUUUUGCAAGAUAAAGUCGAUGUAUCUACUUGUGGCUUUGUAAUGGUCCGCAUGUGUUCUUGUCUACCUCGGGAGAUGGUUUCACCCAGAUAUGAUCACAAGUGGCUUUUCUUUAGGGGAAUUCACUGGAUGUACCCAGAGAUGAACAUUACGUCCCAAAUGGCACCUUAUUCCCUAUAUAGUGCACUACUUUUGACCAGGGCUCAUAGGGGUCUGUUUAAAAGUACUGCACUAAAUAGGGAGUUGAGUGCCAUUUGGGGCGCAUUUUAAAUCAGAAAACAAAUUUGAAGAUAGAUACUGUGGAAUGUGUCCAAAUGAACAUGAUUUCUGUUAUUUUUGUAUUACAGCUAAUACGCAUGGAUAGGGGGUGCUAGCUAUACAGUUUCACAGAAUCUUUACUUCAGGUGUAAAAUCAUCAGUCAAUCAUUCACAUUUCAGAGAUUUAGCUAAUUCCUUGUUUUUUUUUCAGUUACAAAGAACUAUUAUUCUGAACAUAUAUGUCCCCUUACUACAUGCUGCAUAUUAAAAACGUCACUGUAGAAUAUGAUUUAUUUUGCACUUUAAAUGUCACUGUUUAUUUGUCUUCUCUUACUGUUAGUCUGCACUUCACAUAAAACGUGUUACCAUUUAACUUACGGAAAUCAUAAUUUCUCUCAACAAAUGUCAAGGAUAAUGCAACUUACAAUAUAGCGAUACAUCUACAAUAGUACAAUGCAACGUUUUAAAAUUAAUUUAUUUUGCUCCGUACAAUAUCCCAACAACAAUACCACAACAAAAUGUAUUGAGCAAUUUAGUAGGACAUGCAAUCAGGUUGAGCUGCUAUGUGAUGUGUCAAUCAUUCACAGUUUAAUAAGAAGCCAUUUCAUUGGCUCACACCAAUAAAAGUUUGCUUUUAAUUGGUCCAUCUAUAGUGUGCACCAAUUAGCACUUCUAAGAAAUGUGCCAUGCCUUGCCAUUGAACUAUACUGGUGUUCCAUAAUAAUUUACCCAUAGUGUAUUGUACAUAAUAUAGUUACUUCUAGAGACAAGAAGUUAUCUUUAUUUUUAUUUGAUAAAUCAAGUAUUUAGAAAAAAAUGUGUAAUUGCAUUUGUUUCACUUACUUUCAUUUUCAGAAGAGUCAAAUUGUUGAACGAGACCUCAAGCUUUAACAAUACUGCUUCAUUCAAACUAACAAGUCAAAAUGUGUUUAAAAUUUCUGUGGUUUUAAAUAUACAACAUUUGUUUAGUUUGACAUUAUUCAAAAUAAUGUUUGGUGAGAAAGAGAACUUAUGGAAAGUUAUCAGAACAAAUACUUGCAGCAAUGACAAACUACAACAUUCAUUAUUAAAUAUGGUAUGUAAAUUGAAGUGCAACGAAAUGCUAACCAAUCAGGGGUAUUACGGACUAUAUGUACCUACAUUUUAAAGAACACCAAGAUAAAGUAUCCAAUGUAAACAGUGAACUAUUGUACAUGUACUUAAUCUUUAACUUUGAUUAAAGAUCUAUCUAAAAACAAAAGUAAUGAAUCGAUGAAUACAUAAAAUGAUGGUAGGAAGAGGGAGAAAUGAUAUUAUUCUGUUAUGGGUACAUUCAAGACGUUUUCUGUCCUCCAUCCACGUUUACUUAUCUGGACUAUUGAUCUUCCCAAUCUAGGACAGACUUUGCAUGAAUGUGUUUCAUUAAUUAAAUCAUUAUCAAAUAAACUGCUUAUUAUAUGAACUAGCUUGCUGACAAGUUAUCUAUUUCAUCAAUGAUGACCGACAAUAAAGACCUGCUU